AUGGGCCUUGUUGAGUACGCCCUAGCCAGGGGUCAACCUGUCAACUCCGUGCUCGAUGGUGUCCUGCCUCUUCACGCCGCUUGCGCCGGAGGCUCGGAACCUGUAGUCAAGCUCCUUAUCGACCACGGCGCUGAUGUCAACGGUCCAAGGCCAGUCUCAUUGCCCCGCCGCUACUCCAACGAGAAGAACACAGUGAUCAUUGGAACAUCCGGCUCGACACCCCUCCACUUUGCUGCCGCCAAUGGCAACAUGAAC